UGCGGCGGGGCGGGGGGGCGGCGGCGGCGGCGGCGCCGGGCAGGACAAGCCCCCGCCGCCAUGCUCAAGGAACGGCCGCUUUGGCGGGGCCCGGCCUUCCGCCUCUGCCUGCUCUCGGCCGCGCUCUUCCUCUGCCUCCAGCUGGGCAUGAGGCGAUCCUGGUGCCUGGAGAAGCCCCGGGCGGCAGCGGCGGGGCGGGUGGCCCCCCCGGCCCGCGGCACGGAGCAGCCCCCGGGCGCGGCGGCGGCGGCGGCAGCGGCGGGCAGGCGGCGGGUCACCUACGUGCGGAGCGGCCGGCGGGGGAGCGCCGCGUCAGGCUGCUGCGCGCUGCAGCCCUCGGGCGGCCGCCACAGGAAGACUAUAAGAUGGCACAUUGAACUACAACCAUGGGCAAGUCCAACUCCUUCCCUCAGCUAUGAGGCCUUGAGGUUCCUGAAGUACAUUAGCACUUCUCAGAUUGCAUGUGAACACGUGAACCUGAACAGCCUGAAAGGGUACUCUGAAACCGCAAAGAAGCCCUGGUCUGUCUGUCUUGAUGAAAGGUUUAGCCUCAUUCAUCAAAUCAGAAGCAAGCGAUGCCGUCUCUAUUCCCUUGGGCUAGGCAAUGAUGACAAUCAGUUUGAGAUCAGCAUGGCCAACAAUGGAUGUGAGGUGCAUCGCUUUGAUCCCAGCAUCAAGUCAGCACACAUUCAGGAGGGUCGGCACCUCUGGUAUCAUCGCCUGUCCAUUGACUGGAGGGAUCCCAAUCCAGCCAUUGCUGCGCAUAAACUUCACAGCAACACGAAGAAGCUGGGCACAAUAUUGAAUGAAUUUGGACAUCAGAAGAUUGAUGUCCUCAAGGCAGAUGUGGAGAGCGCUGAGUGGAAAAUUUUGGAAAACCUCAUACUGGAAGAUGUUGUUGAGCAGAUAGGACAGCUGGUCUUUGAGGUGCACAUCCACUGGCCUGGGUUUGAAGUCAGCGGCAAUGACAGCACCGUGGUGCGGUACUGGUACAGUCUGCUCCGAGAACUGGAGCUGAAGGACUUCAGGCUUUUCCAUACCUACAAAGACUUAUCAAAACCACAGAUGUUUCUGAAAAAGGAAGCCUUCAAUGCUAGUAGCUGUUACACACUGAGCUGGCCUUUCUUGCUGCCCCAGCUCCCUCAUCCCCUUCUUCCCAGAGCAGGGCCCUGCGCCGGAUCCAGUAUACUCACAGGAUCUCAGGAAGCAGCCAGAGGCGGGGAAAAUAAGCAUAGGAGCUCUUCCUUGCAGGCAGGAAAGGCCAGCAAGUGAGUGACCCUGCCAGGGUGACAGCCUUCCUCCCACCACCUUUGCUCUGGGGCUGCAGGGAGCAGCCUGCCCUGGCCCCAGCACCCACCUACCGCCUGGACCUGCAGAGCCUGUUGUGAGGCUUGAAACUGCUGCAGCUAAUUCGACUUCGGGCAUCCGUGUUGGCCACAGAGGCCACAGACCUUGGGCUGCUUCGGAAGACGGAGAAAAUCCCCCCUCCCUGCUUCAGUGGUGAAGGACUAUGGUGGUGAGGGGCUAGUGGAAAUGGAGGGGAUUUUAAUCUCUUCAGUGAAAGCCAGCUCUGUGCUCUCGUGCACUCUGGUUUGUAUCAGUCUUCCUAGUCACAUUUGAAAUUUUGACUUCUGGCUAAAUGUCAAACCCUUUCUUUUGUAACAAAUGCAUGCUGGUUUUCAAUCUACUGCCUUUCGGUCACACUGACAGUGCCUUGUGUUGUAUGGAGUCUGCCUCCCCAUUUUAAUUUUCCUUUUAUAAAGAAACCCAUGUACUUCUUUAGUUACACUAGGAUUUGCUUAAGUGGAGCAUAAUUCUAAGGGGACUUAACAUGGGCUUCUGCACAUCAGAUACCUCAUUUAGGGAAGAAGGAAGAUGGUGCAGCCAGACCAGGACUGCUGACCAGAUGAUGAGCCCAGCUAUGCCUGUUCUAGUAAAAUAGGCAGGGUCAGGGAGUGUGCUCAGGAAUGGCUAUCUACCUGAUUAAUUAAUGAGAUCCCUGGCAUGAUUUUGGCUCAGGCCAUCAUCUCCCAGAUGAUAUCUAGGCACAGCCAUAGAGUAGGCCUAUGCCAAGGACAUCUUGAAUGCAGCAAAUUUGUUGGGAAGCUGAAAGAGUUAAGUAAAUGGACAUGGCCAGGCCAUCUUUGCCAGUUUGCCUCAAGGCUGGGGAAUACCUCCUGGUACCGUUUUGUUUUCUGAUAUAAUUUAACAAGAACAAGUGCCAGAUUCUCCUCCUGGGACGGGGUAAUCCUGGUUAUACAUACAAACUGGGUAUGGGAGGCUGGAGAACGGCCCCUCAGAAAGAGAACUGGAGGUUUGGGUCGAUAGCAAGUUGAGUAUGAGACAACAGUGUGCUGUGACAGCCAAAGGGCCAAUCAUGUCCUGGGGUGCAUCCAGCACAGCAUCGCUGGCUGGUCAGGGGAGGUGAUUGUGCAGUCUACAGUGAACUGGUGGGGCCCCAGCUUGAGUACUGUGUGCACUUUUGGGUGCCUCAGUGUAAGAAGGACAUCAAAUUAUUUGAGUGUGUCCAGAGGUGAGUGACCAAGGGGGUGCAAGGUCUCAAGGGCAAGACUUACGAGGAGCGGCUGAGGUCGCUUGACUUGUUCAUCUUGGAGAAGGCAAGGCUGAGGGGUGACCUCAUCACAGUCUAGAACUUUCUCAAGGGAGGCGGUGGGGGGGGGGGGGGGGGGAGGUGCUGAUCUCCUCUCUCUGAUGACCAGCAACAGGACUUGAGGAAAUGGAGUGAAGCUGUGGCAGGGGAAGUUCAGAUUGGACAUUAGAAAAAGGACAUUAGGAAACCACUGAGGAGGGUGGUUGGUCUCCAGGGAAGUGGUCACGGCACCAAGCCUGCAAGAGUUCACUCAAGGAGCAUCUGGACAGUGCUCUUAGUCCUAUGGUUUAGUGUUAGGUAGACCUGUGAGGAGCAGGGAGUUGGACUCAGUGAUGCUUAUUUGGUCCCUUCCAACUUAAGAUUCUGUGAUUCUAUAAAUGUAGCUUCUGUUUCUGCCCCUGCACAUCGCACCUGAACCAGGGUGCAAGGGGCUUUGCAGUCACUCAGACCAGGGCACUGUGGGGGCCCACCUUGUCCUCAGCUCUGCAGUGCUCAAAAUCAAGAUGACUAUUGCAGAUGUGUUUGAUUUCCUUGUGUCCAAGAGGUUGAACAAAGCAUUUUCCUUGAGGCCAAGCUACAAGAGGGUGCCAGGAUUUCCUAAACCAGCAUCUAGCUUGUUGGAGUGAUCAUGCUUGCUGCACCGCAGAAUGGCUGAACUCCCAUUUUUCAAAUAAUGGGGUGGCAAAAGCCCAGCUGCAAGUCCUGAUCUAUUAAUAAAGCAUAAAAAUAUGGGCUCUAGCACUGCACAGGUUUUUCCUCCUGAUUAGCCUUAAAGUAGCCUAGUAGCUUAUUAUCAUUUGUUUAAGAAACCAAUAGAUAGAGGUUACAAAACAAAUUGCAUGAUUUCUCUCAGGUGUUCAAAUUCCGAAGAGAUGCACAUCUUGCAUCAUAUAUUGCCCUGAAGAAAAUAUGUUAAUGUAUAUGUAAAUUAUAGAAAUAGAGUAGCGGUCCAUCCUGGUUCUUACUUGGUUAAGAGUUUAGUAAACCCUCAUCUAAUCUCUUGCUCAUGAUUGCCAGGUAGUGUCAGGAACAAUUCAGGCUGUGACAAAUAUAUCUUCUGCAAGAAAAGAUUCCAAUAACUAUGGUAAUUUUUAAGGAAACCUUCUCUCAGAUACAGGAUAGAUAAAAGCCAUUUAUCAUUCUGGAGGCAGUUAUGUGAUAUUAUGGGAGAAAAUGAACAGCUCAUUUUAUGCACUAACCGUGCCUUUCUACUUCAUAUCUCUUAAAGCAGAAUCACAGCC